AUGGCUUCUGGGAGCAUGCUAGAUCCAAGUUCCGCCGAGCACCCAAAGGGUCGUUCGAGCUCAGACUACAUCGCGGCAGCCAUCAUGGAACGUCCAGCAAGUCCGACGCCACAGAAUAGAACCCCGAGGAAGCUGAUUCUUUGUUUCGACGGCACGGGUAACAAAUUCCACGGCGAUGAUAGCGACAGCAACAUUCUGAAGAUCUUCCGGAUGCUUGAUCGCACUGCAGAUGAUCAGUAUCACUACUACCAGCCCGGUAUUGGCACGUACGUUGUGUCCUCUUCACUUACACACACUGGUCUGAAAGGGCGCAUUCGGUCAUGGUAUCAGAAAGCCAAAGACUCGGCAGUUGGCUCGUCCUUUGACCAACAUGUCGUUGGGGGUUAUCGUUUCCUCAUGCGCUUUUACAAUCCUGGAGAUGAAAUUUACAUGUUUGGCUUCAGUCGCGGCUCGUACAUUGCCCGCUUUUUGGCUGAGAUGCUCGACUACAUCGGUCUCUUGUCUCACGGUAACGAAGAAAUGGUUUCAUUCGCCUGGAAGGCAUUCGCCAACUGGCAGAGUCGCCGCGGUGGUGACAAAGAUGAGAAGCUUGCCGAAGAAGAUGAGAAGAAGAAGCAUGAAAUGUACCACUUCAUGAAAGGCUUCCGUGAGACUUUUUCGCGACCGGUGGGCAGAAUUCGGUUCCUAGGCCUGUUCGAUACAGUCAACUCUGUGCCUCGGUUUGAGACUGCGUGGAUGCAGCGAAGCAAGUUUCCAUACACGGCGCGUAGUAGUGCCAGAGUCAUCCGGCAUGCAGUUAGCAUCGAUGAGCGACGAGCCAAGUUUCGACAGGACUUGAUGUAUCAGCAACACAACAACAAGCGUCGCCACAAUACGCACGGCCACUGGAAGAAGGACUUGGGGCACAUGCUCGGCCAUGACCAAGAUAAUGAAUACAGUGGAGAAGUAGACGGUGGAGAAAGAAUGCAUAACCAAGGCCGAGGCAGACGGCCUAGCCAACAGACGACAGCAGCGGACGGACGGCCGUCAUCGGCAAACCCACAAGCCAGCAAGUAUAUGCCAUAUAGAGCCAGGUCAAGAUCUGCUGCCCGCCCAGAACGCCGCCUCGGCGACCAAGAUAUUGACGAAGUAUGGUUUGCCGGUGGUCAUGGCGACGUGGGGGGUGGAUGGCAAACAGAUGUCGAGGGCAGCAAGAAUGCAAGCCAUGUACCUUUGAUAUGGAUGGUUCGUGAAGCCAUCCGUGCUGGCUUGAAAUUCGAUCUAGAGAAGGUCCAGGAGCUGGAUUGCUUUGACUUGUACAACGAGUAUGGCAGCGCCGGCGUCAAGAACGGCCGAAGUGGUCAAGAGAGAGGACCCGACAUUCUUGUUAAUCGAGAUGGCGAAGAGGGGGCAGAGCCCUUUGCACCUUCAAGCCCGGACACUAUGGGCGAUGACGACGACCAAGAUUUCAAGAAGACGUUCCUCGAGAUGAUGCACAAGGCACAUAUCGCGAAAAUCCACGACUCACUCGUCUAUGGCGGCGGCCUUUCCACAAUGGCUGUCACCGCCUGGAACAUGAUGGAGUGGAUGCCAUUCCGCCGAAUGGAUCUUCAAUCCGACGGGACUUGGAAGCCCAUCAACUGGCCACUGCCGCGCGGAGAAGUGCGAGACGUUCCGAACAACGUCCGCGUCCACGGCAGUGUCAUCCGCCGCAUGCAGAUGGAUGAGAGCUACCGUCCAGGAAAUCUGAUUGUGGGCGGAGGCGGCCGAGGAAUGCGCCAUGCACCUGAAGAGUACGGCAUUGGUGAAUGGGUUUGUGUGCAAGAAGAGGGCGAUCCCAUUGGAGAGAUUUGGGUGCGAAAAGGCGACCCUGUGAAGCUGGAGGUUAACAAGAAGAAGAAGAAGAAGAAGUCAAAGAAGGAGAAGGAGAAGGAGAAAGAAAAGGAAAAGAAUGAAAGGCAGAAUUAG